AUGCCCUUUUCAGGAGCAUGGUGCAAAAUAUGGAUUUAUUUCGGAUUCGUUUUUGCAUGGACGAAGGGGGCUCGUCCACGUUUUGAUACUUCCACUGACAUGGGUUUAGUUCUGGUCCCUUCGGAUGCGGAAGUAGAUUCAGUCAUUUUUCGUCUUCGUGCGACUGAUCAGGAUGCAGAUUUUCCACUUGUUUUUGAAAUAACUGCUACAAUCACACCUGUUGUAAGGAUCGACAAUCUGCCGUGCACGUUGUACAACAAAGUGUGUCAGGCUAAUGUGAUUCUAACGAAACGACUAGUCGCCGGCCGUCUUCACGAUUUUGCUGUGAGGGUUAGGGACACGAAGGGUGAUUCGAACUCGAUGCAAGCUACUAUUUCUGUUACAAACGCCACGACUCCGCGCGAUAAAAUAUUCCCGCACAUACCAUCCCUCAUAAUGGUACCUGAGGAUACCAAGCCAGGAAAGGAAUUGGAUUAUCUUCUAGUAAGAGCCAAUUCGUGGAGUGGAAAACCAGUUUACAUCGAACUCUGGGAACUGUUCACUAUAAGGCAGCGACAAACGCCCACUCAGACACGUGGAGUAAUUACUUUGAUAGGAGAAUUAGAUUUCGAGACACAAUCUGUGUACACGCUCACCAUGUACGCUACGGAUCCGUACACCGAGCCUGGAAAAGAUACUAGAAAUAUUGCAGGCUUGAACCUGGUGGUGAUAGUUCAGGACGUUCAAGAUGUCCCACCGAUUUUUACGUUAGCACCACCCCUCACUAGAAUUAAUAAUUCUGUACAGCCAGGCGAUAUAGUUUUACGAGUUCAUGCAGAAGACGGGGAUAAGGGGGUUCCACGAGAAAUCGUGUACGGCCUCGUAUCCGAGGGCAAUCCUUUCACCCCAUUUUUUAAUGUUUCGGAGACAAGUGGUGAAAUCGUUCUUGCUAGACCUUUGGAGGAAUUGACGCAAAUUACACACGUCGGUGCACCGGUGGUGCUUACAGUGGUUGCUGAAGAGAUACGAAGAAGCAGAGACGAGCCUCCGGCGCAGGCUACGAUCGUCGACGUUGGCUUCCUCCUCGGGGAACCAGGCAACACUCCACCCUAUUUCGAAAGCGAUAAUUACCUUGCUACGGUCAAUGAGAAUUUGGAACCAGGCACCGUGAUCAACUUUGGCGAGCAAUACUCGACCAAAGUGAAGGACGAAGAUAUUGGAAAAGCGGGGGUAUUUGCGUUAAAGUUGGAAAAUAAUAAUGGCACCUUCGAAAUAAACCCAACGGUUGCAGAACGAACUGCAGACUUCGUAAUUAUCGUCCGAGACAACACGCUCAUUGAUUAUGAAUUACACAAAACUUUAUCGUUUAAGAUCGUUGCUCAAGAAGUCGGUCCAGCGACAAAUCUCUCAGCGACAGUGCCAGUGAUUAUAGUUUUAAGAGACGUUAACGAUAACCCACCAGUAUUCGACGAAAAAACAUACGAAGUGACAUUGUCCGAAAAUGUCACCGCGGGAGCUCGUGUCGUUCAGGUACACGCGACCGAUAUAGAUACGGGAGCUUACGGAAACAUUCGAUAUACCGGUAUAACGGGUGAAGGAAGCAAAGCAUUCACAAUAGAUCCUGAUACGGGAUUAAUAACUGUAGCCAUAGGAUAUACCUUAGACCGUGAAGUGGCUGCAAGGCUCGUACUAACCAUAGAAGCUCGAGAUGAGAAUGGCAAUGGUAACACAGGUGUUGUCCCUUUGAUGGUUAACCUGUUGGACGUCAAUGAUAAUCCACCCCUAUUUGACAAGGACGUUUACGAAUUUAUGUUAAAUCCUGAUUUAACGAAUUUCACGUCACCAGUUUUUAUAAAGGCUAUCGAUGCCGACGCAGAGCCGCCGAACAACAUAGUCAGAUACGAGAUAAUUCAUGGCAAUUACGAAAACAAAUUCUAUUUAAACGGAACUAGCGGCGAAUUAAUUCUCCGUUCGCCGAUAACGAAGAUCCGGCGGAAGAAGCAGAGCUCUUACAAUAAAUUCGUGAAAAAAGCUGGAAAAGAGUUCACUAGAAGUCAAGGAAGAAUUUCAAACGAUACGUUACAAGUAUUUACAAAAAAAGUUGAAGAGAAAUCCCUAAUGAAUAAUCGAAGUAGAACACCUUCGUCGAAUGUAACUACAGAGAUAAUAAAUGAAGCGAUACAGAGGCGACGAAAACGAAAUAAUGAAGACCCAUUGUACACUCUCACUGUCAGGGCAUACGAUUUAGGCAUACCCCAUCUUUCGAGUGAAACAAAAAUUCGCGUCAUGAGUGGUAUCGCCAUGGAAGCUCGAAUAAUGAUGUUUGUGGUGCCAGGAGAACAACCAAAUUCAACAAAAACUGCUGAAACUCUAGCAACUAUUACUGGUGGUCGAGUUACCGUAUUAGAAACUCGUCCUUAUACACAGCAAAAUCAUACCGGGGGUACAAGUACUUUGCCUGCAGGAGGAAAAAGGAGCAUUAUUGUAGCACGCGUCGAACAAACGGAGCCAGGCACGCCUUUGGUAGAUGUAGAGAAAAUCAGGGAGACUUUAGCUGCUAAUGGCGUCGGUAUUAUCGGUGGCACGGACGCAGUUACGACAAUGACUGUCAAUGAAACGAAAGCUCCUGUAAAUGGAAUGCCUCACACUAACGACGGUCAAACGACCGUCACUAACAAUACUAUAGUCAACGUGCAGAGUGAAGAAGUUACGGUGUACAAAGCGGAAAACAAAUUACUGAUUUGGCUUCUGAUUAUACUUGGCUUGCUUAUGCUUUUGGCCAUUGCCGCGUUGAUUAUUUGUUGCAUCUGUCCCGGAUGUCCGUUUUACAUGGCGCCUAGGAAGAGGCGAGUGCAUUCCUCCGAAACGUUAGUCGUGCGAGCGGAUGGAAGACCAAAGAGGCACCUUCAUCGACAACCAGUAGAUGUUGAUGCAUCGUGGAAGGGACGAAAGCAAGCAUGGAGUGCCGAUCCAACGAGAAGAAACUGGCAAUUCAAUAAAAGAAAUGUUAAAAAUUGCUCGCUUCCCGGGGAUGUUGCUUACAUUUCUGGUCAGCCAAUUGACAUCCAAGUAACUCAUGAAGCUCCAAGGUUAUUAAGGGAUGCUACAUCCUAUCACUCAAGGAAGAGCAGAAUGGACGAACACGAUAGAAUGUAUAUGGAAGAUGUCGAAGGCCAAAAGCCAAGAGGUUACGACAUGAACGAAUUGGAGUCGUUGCAUCGACACGAAAUGGAAAGGGAUUCGGAUAUACAGCGUCAAGGUUACAGGCAAAGAUCCGGACCGAGAUACGUCGAACCCGACAUAAACGGAGAGAUGGUAAGAGAGCAACACUUUUACCGCGAAGGAAACGCCGAAGUCCUAAGGCUGGUAACCAGAGGGCAAGUGGAAGACGCAACGACGAAUCACCACCAUCAUCACCACCACCACCCUACAACCUUGAUCGUAGACGGCAAGGACAUAAUUCUACAGAGGUUCAUAGAGGACCAAAAAUCGAGGCACGAGUUGUCGAUGCAGGACAUCGAAGCAGCUCGCAUCAUGGAGUCGCAUCAACGUUCCAAAGAGAUCUUCCAGCAACAACCGCCGGAAAUAAUUCUGGUACCUGACCGACUGGACCUCGGUCACAGGCAGCACGUUGAAGAAAUAGGACCCAACGUACAGAGGCUCGUGAUCGAUCACGGCGAUUACCAGUCGCCAAAGAUGGAGAAGGACUCAGAAAUCGGGGAUACUUUGAGACCAGAGAGGCAGGACGACAUCGUAGCUGGAACUCUGCUGGUCGAGAGGCCACCAGUCGUCAAAGAUCUAGGAAACAAGCCGCAAUACGCCUACAAUGACGUGGAACUAGCUAGACACAAAGCGUUGCUGACACGAUUAUUAUUGAAAAGAGACCAUCGACACGCGGAGGGCGGAAUAUUGGAUUCCAGCAGUUACCUGGAGACACAGAGUCUCCCUGGACAGGUAGCGAUCGCUACUCAAACCGACAGGACGGCAGCCACUCAGACGGAACACCAUGUGAGAAGCAGAAGCGACAAUGAGUCGGACGAAGACUCCAGACAGAGGAAAAAGUUGAAGUCUCGGAAGAAGUACGGCGAUGGGGACUGGAGGAGGUCUCGCACACUGUGGAUGAAGUCGCCGAUCGAAAAGAAGAGCAGUCCCUGUUUCGACAAACGGUUGAACAUUCUCCGAAAAAAGGCGAGGGAGGUGAAAGACGACAGGAAAGCCUCCCUAGAACCUGAGGUGCUCAGAGAGAUUUCAGACUCCCUGAACGGGAACGGAAGCUCCUAUAAAGGAGAGGAAGACGAAUCGUUGCAGGUUCAUCAGAAGUCCGAGCAAACAACUGUUAGUUACAAGAUAUUAAAUGAAAAAGAGGACAGCUCGUCCUCCUCCAUGGACCUGUGCAAGAAGAAACGCGAGAAAGAUUUCGGUGAUAAGUGUUGCGAGGAUGCGAGCGACGAUCUGAAAAUGAAUGGAACCGAGUCUACUUCUUCGCCGGAAAUAAGGAUCAAGCACGAGAAACAUAGCCGCGAGAAGACAGACGAGAAGAGUCCGAAAAAAGAAGCGAAGGUGAAGGCACAGAAGAAGUCGGAGGGAGUGAUGAAACCGAGUUUUCGAAUUCUGGAGAAGGAAUUCACGAUGUUCACUAAGAAGCUCAGCAAACUGAGCGACAAGAAGUGCCAAGAGAGCACUGGUAGCGACAGCACGAGUCAGGAGAAGUUGGAACCGAAGGAACCUAAGAAGGAAUCGGAUCCGAAGAAAGCUACGAAAAAGAUCGACGCUUCUCAAAAGCAGACGACAGAAUUAACGUCGAGUGCAUCGAAAGGCGAACAGAAAGGAAAGCAGAAGAAGGAGGCAGCCAUUGCCAAAACGAAACAGAAGCUGAAGUACCAACAGUCUCACGUGAUGAGCACGGGUAGCUCGGAGUAUGACGACGCUUUCGACAGGACGAAGAAACAAGCUCGUCAGGAACUCAAGCAGAAGCAGCCAAUGGCGAAACCGAAACGUCAGGCACACGUUGACUGUCGAGAGUCCAGGAAACAAGAGUUUCGAAACGAGGAAGUCGAGAAACGGAAGGACUGUUCUUCGAAGGAGGCCUUGAAAACUGAAUCUAAGCACGAAAAGGCUGGAAGAAUGGUACCGCGAGCUCCGAAAUUGGCUGCUGUAUCUCGCAAAGAUAACACAACCGAGGAAACGAGCUCUGGUGCGAUGAGCAAUCAAGUGGAAGGUAAAAAAGACACAGCUGCGUCAUCGAUUCCUGAGAAAAGGAGCAGCACGGAUUCUUCAGGGACUAAUACGAAUGCCGCGAACAGAAGCAGAAAAGCUGUUGCGGAGAAGGUAGCUGGGAGAUUCAGCGAUGACUUCGUUGUGGAACCGGAUAUGAGAAGUACGGAACAAAGGUAUACAGAAGAGCGAGAUGAGAAGAAUAUGAAGGAUGAAGAUUGCGAAAAGAAAUCUAGCGUUGACAUUCGAGAGCAAUCGACGGAAGAUGGAUUCAAGGGCACAAAGUCUAUAGAAACUGAAGGACAGGUAGGUACGAAGAGAGUGGUGGGAAAAUCUGAAAGUUUAUUUGAUGUUGCGCAGCAAUUAAUUAAGAGUUGCGUAGUUCUUGAUGGUAGACGAGAAAAAUUAGAUAAUGCUGAGGAAGAUCGAGAAUCGAGGGAAGCAGUCAUGGCAUCUGAAACGAAAUCAACAAAAUGCAAGGAAGAACAGGGACGAAUGGGUGUUGGUGAAAGUAUUAUGAAAUUAAAAGAGGAAAAUGGAGAAGAUAAUCUAAAAAGUGCGAUAAUAAAUGCCAGUCCAGAGAGAACAAUGGAGUACGAAGAAGUAACUGAUAAUGCGCGCGAUGUGAAAUUGAAUAACGAAAUAGGAAUAGAUGAACACAAAAGUGAUGUAAUAAUUGGAUCUUCAGAAAACUUAAAGGGAUACAAAGAAGAAGACACACGAGGAACUGAUGAUGGAAGUGCUAUGAAAUUGAGCGACAAAAAUGAAGUAGAUCAAAGAGAAAGUAAAAUAAUGCUUGAUGUUACGAAGGAUGUAAUAUCAAUUGUAGAAGAUAUGUCAGAGAGCAUCGAGAGAAAAGAUGAAGCUUUAAAAAGUGAUAAGGGUCGUGUAGAUGAAACUGAGAACGUAGCGAAAGAACACAAAGAAGAGAACGAGGUAAUGGACAAUGCCCGCGAAAAUUUGGAACAGAAAUCGGAGACACUGUUACGAGAUACUGAAAAAAAAGGUAUGUCAUCUAAAGAGCUUAAAACAGAAGAAAAACUCGAAAUAGAUCAAAUGUUAGCGAAAGAAACAGAGGUACAUGAACUCCCAGGUGAUGCUAAAAUAAUGACAGACACGAAAGAGAAUAUUGAAGAGAAAAGCGACACGAAGGAUGUAGAAGAAAGGAUGUUGGAAUUAGAGAAAUCGGCAGAAACACAAAAUUAUGAUAAAACUGAUUUAAUACAGAAAACUCAACAAUCUGUAGACAAGCACUUUGAAACUGAUUUGUCGAGAAAUGAAAAAGAUGAAACGGAUGAAUCAGAGGAACACAAAGAACACGACGAAUCGAUAAAGAAACAUGUGGAAUAUCCAGAGUCUAAAGAUGAAGGCGUUACGGCCGAAAAGGAAAAAGAUAAAACUACAGAAAUUAUAAACAAAGACAGUGAAGAAGAACAUCAUGGUUUAGGAGCUGUCGACAAAGGAAAAGCCAUAGCAAAAAUUGGUAUCGGUGACGAUCAGAUUAAAAAAGCUGAUUUUCCAAACAUAGAGACUACUGAUGCAGAGAAAGAAAGUGAUCUAGAAAGUGAUCCUAAAAUCGAUGAUUUUCGAAUUCCAGAAAAUGAAAAUGGCGACGAAAAUAAGAAAGGACGAGCUACUGCAAAAAUUUCACCUGGCAAGCAUCAAAUUAUUCAAGUAGAAACUGCUUUUUUGGAUGGAGAAAAAAAAACUUCGACGGUAACUGAAUUCGAUCAGGGCGAAAUGAGCGACAAAGUAAAUGCUUCAACAGACGAACGAAAUAUUCCAGAUGAAGGAGAAGAAACCAUAAGAAUUAAAACCGAUGAGCAUCGCGCUGGUGACAAAGAAAGUAUUCUUCCAAUUACAGAAGAUAAAGUUGUGGUAGAUACUGCAAUGAAUGAUAACCAAAUUAAUGAAAAAGAGAAAAAUGUUCUAGACACAGUAAAAACUUCUGGCCAAGAAGAAACAAAUGUUACAGAAGAGAUCACAACUGACGAUCAUAAAGUUGAUGUGAAAGAAAAUGUUUUUUCAGAGGAAGAAAGAGGUAAACAUCGAGAAGGAGAAAAUGGAACAAUUAAAAAAGAAGAUAUAGAUUACGAUACUUCACUUACAGAGCAUGAAAACAUAUUCCCUGGCAAAAGAGAAGAAAAGCAUCCUGAAGAAGAAGCAGAAACUAUUAAAGAAAUUCCAAAAGUCGAUGAUGAAAUUAGUGAAAAAGAGAACGGUACUUUAGAAACCUUUAUAGCUGAAGAGCUACGUAUUUCUAGUGAAAAAAAGAACGAUCUCCCAAAAAUGGAAAGUGGGGGUGAUUACGAACAAGAUAUGAUUUCAGAAACGCAUGAUAUUAGCAAGGAUAACGUAACUGAAGACAAAAUUGAAUCUUCAGAAACACAUCUUCCCGAUAAACAAUUUAUUGCGAAAGACGACGUUUCUCCAGAAGCUUCUACCUCUAUCGAUCACGAUAGUAAAACAGAAUCACCUCUGGUGAAACAAGAACCCGAUGACCAAGAUGGUAAACAAGGUAUUUCUUCAGAGAUGUCCAAAGUCUUUCAUUUACUAACCGACAAAUCAACAAGCGAGAAAGGAUCAAUAAGCGAAGGCACCGAGACAGGAGCUAAAACCGACCACGCUCCAUUGCAUUCGGUUGACAAUAAAAUUGAUCCAGAAGAAGCGUCUGCAUUACCAACAGAUGAUAAAACUAAAGAUCAAUUAGAAAUUUCAAAUGGUAACGAACCCUCUGCUCCAAAAAUGGAUAAAUCGUUAAAACACGUGGAAGACACAAUAAGCGUCGAAAGUGCAGAGAAAGAAGCAACAAAAGACAACUCUAAAACGUCUCCAGACAAACAAACGACCAUCACAACGAUGGAAAUAGCUCAAGAUGAUUCAAAGAUUGAUGUUACUGAACCAGUGGAAAAAGAACAUGAAAGCAGAAAAGACGAGAUAUCAGAAGAAAAACAACGAGCAUCGAUAGUUAAAGAAUCUGACGAAUCUUCCAGUGACACACUGACGCCAUCAAUGCAUCCAACACUUGAAAAAAUACAGGAUCAUCGUGAUGCAUUGCACGAUAAGGGAGAAGUUUUACAGGAAACGACACGCGAAGGAGGUACUAUUGUAGAUAGGAAACUAUUAGAAACUGGUGGAAAGGAAGACGAGUUGUACGAACCAUCGAGUAAAGUGAGCAGCAGUUCUCACGGAACAGAAAUGUUUGAAACUCCUCCACCGACGUCCGAGAAAGAAAAGUUUGCAUUAGAUUUCAUUAUAUCAGAAACUCCAACAGACUCUAGGAAAAUACCCGAAUCUGAAAAGCAGUCGAAGUCAGAGAGCGAGGAAACUAAAUUACAAGAAGGAGAGAAAUUUGUCGAGGAACAAACUUCCGGGGAGAAAGAAACAGUUCAGUCGUUUCCGGAGAAACAAUCGAGAGAAGAACGAGAUGAAUUUACGAUUUCUCAAGACGAAGGAGGAAGGCGGGAUAUAAUCAAGGAGAAAACUGAUGAAUUGCCUUCGGAGGAAAAUAUGGCGAAGGAAGAAGAGGGAGAUGGAAAUGUCGAAGAAGACUAUGCAGACGUAAGCCUUCCACUUUUUACAAACAUAAUACAAUCGGUGGACGAUUUGAGCGAUAGUGACUCAUCGAGUGAUAUUUCCAGGAAGACGACAUUGACCACCAAACCUUACCAAACGCCAAGACACCGUAAUCGACAAUCUCCCGAGAAAGGAAAUAUUGAAACGAUAGACAACAUCGAUACUCAGAAUUUCGAUGACGAAGACGACACGUCGUUAACAAUCAAGGUAAUGAAGGACGAAGACGACGAAACGUUUCAAGAAGCUGAACAUAGUAGUACUGAACAACCCUCCCCAACUAUAGUAAAAGACAAAGAUACAGAAUUCGAUAAAGAAAAUGAAAUACCUCGAAACAUACAAAUGCCAUCUAUGCAAGAAGAAACGUCGUCCAAUGUCACUGACCAACGCACGCAAAAAGAAAAACAAUCAAAACCAAAGUCGGGUUCAGAACGCGGCGAGGAGUCCACACCCAGCGCGAAACGAAAAACGAGGUUACAAUCUCACACGAAAGAACUCGAUCAACCUCGCGACGAUGACAAAUCGGCAGUUCGCAAGCACGAGAAAACGGGUGUUACGAAACCUACUGAAAGAAAGACGAAAGCACCAGACAAGAAGAGGAUUCCUUGGCAAAGGAAGAAGAAAAGUUCCUCCGAAGAAUCGUCGGAAGAAAGAGCAGCUCGUUUUCAGGAUCAAGAACGUCAUUCGAAGCAGGAGCCUCGCAGAAGGUUAGUCACCGAUCGACCGAAGCAAGCAGAUAUCAAUCACGUUAAACAACCAAGGAAUGCAGAGGAGCAUCAACGAAUUCCGUCUACGUCGAGAACGAAGUCUGAAAAAGGUAGAAAGGGUGAUCAGAAAACGAGUCCUUCAAAAACAGGUGACAUCGACACGAGCAAAGCGCAGCCGAAGUAUAUGGCUUGGUACAAGAAGAACCGCGAAGAAAUGGAGAAGAAAAGGGCUGGACUGAAGGCUGUAGACGACGAAAGUCAGCUUCCUCGGUGGCUGAAGAGGAGCAUGAGAAGCCAAAAAUCUGAUAAGGAUGAUAAGAAGACCCCGGAGCACGGGAGUGCGAAUACGACUCCGCAAACUAGACGGAAAGUCAAGCCAUUGGUGAACGUCGAGUCUGAACAACUGAAAGCUAUCGUUCGCCAGGGGAGAAGACUGAGAAAAGCCGAGGGCGGGAAAAACGAGGAUCCACAGAUACAGAUAUUCGCAACGACACCACCUACCUUAACUGCAACGGACACGAAACACCAUCUGGUGCAACACUCCGAGUACAAGUAUGAGAAAAUGCCUGCGCCGUUCUAUCUUCAUCCCCCGCCGGCUCCUCAUCCGUCGCCGCAGUUGUCGCCGCAACACUUUGACGUUGAAUCAACGACUGAACACGGCCACGUCGAUGAGAACUUCGACUCUGGGAUAGCGAUACCUCUGCAAGGUGGUAACAGGUUAAGACACCAGCAACUUUUGGAGAAGAAGAGUGUCUUCGAUAUAGCCUACAGCGAAGCUGCGCCUUCGCAACUCCGCGCCGACAGCACCACUCCUCCAUCUUAAAUACGAAGAAACUUUUCUGUUAGUUUUUCGAUAGAAAUCCUUCUGUGCCGGUUGACAGAACGUGUUUGUAGGACAGGUUAUUAUUGAGAACGAAUUUUGGUGGAGAAUGUUUAUAAUGGAACCUUUCGACACUAAAACUACCGAGGGUGAUGCACAUUUGUUUUACAUACAACUAUGUCUUUGUAUUUAGGAGUAGUAAGAGCAAAAGUUAGAAAAUAACGAUAGAUGAAAUCAACGUUUGCUAUUUAAAGUUAUUUUAUAAUAGAAUAAAAAUAUAUUAAUUUUGAUAGAACGGGUUUAGAUCAUUAUACUACUUUUCUAAUGCCUAAAUUAAUCCUGGAAUGUGUUGAAAACUUAAAAUAGUGUACAAUUGUGACGAGCUACUACACAUUUAUUUCUGCAUGAAUCUGAAUUCAUUUUUAAGUACUUUUAUACAAUAGUGGAUUAGUUACCAAAUUAAUUUUCUUUUUCCGUUAAACAAUACUAAGAAGUCUGUACAAACUCUCAUAUAAGUAAAUACUGUUUGUAUCAUUUAUGACUUUAAAUAAUGUUACCAUUUCCGCCGUUCGAAAGAAGAAUCAUUAUUCAUCGAUACGAUACAGCGACCAAUUUUUCAUUAUGACUGUUUCCUAAUGUUACGACAUUUAUAAUUAUCUUGUAAAUACAUAUGUAUAAAAUUUAAGACGGUUCUUUCGUUCGUGUAUUUCAUCCCAGAUAAAGCUUCCUUCAUAUAAGUCUUUAGGUAUAACAGAAAUUAUAUUUUAUAGUUUAUUAUUACCACUUAUUGUUAUACACAAAUUUGUACGUUACAUUUUUAAUACUCUGUACUUUGUACCUAAUUUUGUAUUUACCAUUUUCAGUUUUAUUUAUAAAUUUGCAUUUGUACUUUAUAUUUAUCAUACUAUUUCCUAAUAACAUUUGUAUCUAUUAUAUAUACAGAGAUAAUAGUAAAUAUUUAGUUGUGUUAUAGUCUUCUUGUAAUAAAUCCAAUGUAAUUUAUAAAUUGGUGCCGUUACUCUACCAUAGAACCGACUCAAAUAUCACCUGUAAACUGGUUGAAAGAUAAAAAAAAUAUUUUAAACAAAUCAUUUAAUAACUCAAUUUUUAAGAUUCACUAAAGACAUUUCUACAUCUGGAUUUCUUGUUUACAUGGUAGUCGAAAGUUGUAUCUAGAU